GGGGCUGCUACACCCUUAGGUUCGUGGUGGUUGUGACUUAGACAAUUUGUCAACUUCAGUUUAUAAUCAGCAAAUCGCUUUAUACUUAAGAUGGAGUGGGCUUCUUAUAAUAUGGCUAAGUUAACGUGACGUGAGAAGGGCAAGGAUCAGAAAAAUGGAUAUUUACCUUAUUUGGCUCGGUUUUGUGCUCACGGCAAUUUGUGAAGGAGUCCCCUGUGAAGUCAUCCCCAAAGACCCAUAUGUGGAACAUGGCUCCAGUAUCAAGGUUAUGUUCAAGAAGACAUGCAACACGUGGAAGCUUAACAGCCACAGCAAAAACUUUUGGACGUUGGAAAACAAGAGGAUUGACGAGAGUCUCUAUGAAAGCAACUCCACAUUCUCUAUUUUGACUAUCAGCAACAUAACCCUCCCAAAAGUAACAGUACGAUUUCACAGCUACGUGCAAGAAUACGAGCAAAUCAUGAGUGGCACCAUCAUACGAACAUACCAGAGACCCCGUAACAUAUCAUGUGUGACAUUUAUGUCACCAUGCGAUUUUGUAUGUCACUGGAAGCAUGACAUCCAACCCACAGAAAAAAUAAACUAUAAAGUCAUUCGGCAAAGCCAGGAAGGGCCAAGGGAGACGUGUAGCUCUAACCACACGUCAUGCUCUUUUAAGAGCUGCCCGAUAUUUUCGUAUCAAAAUUACAUUACUGUGCAAGCAGAAAGCACGUUUUGGAAGAUCAACUCGUAUACACUGGAAUUGGAUCCUUGGAAUACAGUUAAAAUUGACCCUCCAAAGCAUGUCCGGGUGGUCGCUCUCCGUGCUUGCCUGAAGGUGGAUUGGGAAAGACCCGGGGGACAAAUGUUUCUUUCCCAGGUCAUACACUGUCAAGUGAGAUACGCCCAGCAUGUCAUGUAUAUGUCCAUGGGUGAGAUGGUCGAGACCGCUACUAUGACCACCGCUGAAGUGGAGGAAUGCACCAACCACACAACGUCAGUCCGAUGUUCUUUAGACAAGGCCCUUUGGAGUAACUGGAGCAGGCCGGUGACAGUCCUCUCAGAUUUAAAUGUGAGGGGGUGGCAAUUGAACCUGUGGAGGAAGAUAGAUCCACCAGAUAAUCGUGGGACACGAGGAGUGCACCUAAUGUGGAAGGGCAUAUCCCCUGCCUGCAACGCCAUAGAUGGAUACAAACUGACAUGGAGGGAGGCAGAGAUGGUGGUUUCCUCUUCAGUGGACAGAGCCUCUAUCACUGUGGACCAGUGGGCUUGCAGGGUGACUCUGGCAGCCUUUCGCGGCAACACCACAUUUCCCGAAGAUUCUGUUUAUCUACCGGCCAUUGGGGAGAGUCUCUACCAGGUCACGGCACCCCAGACCACAGCCAAGGAUGGCGUGAUCUAUGUGAGCUGGGCAGUUCCCCCGGCCCGUCCUGUCAACGGCUACAUGAUAGACUGGACUGCAGACGGAGAGACUUACAACUGGCUUCGGAUCCAAGACACUGACCUCAAAUUGACCGGCCUGCUGAAUUUUACUCCAUAUACCAUCACAGUAACUCCACUCUAUGAUACCAAUACAGGACUAGGAACGGUACUCACGAUCUGCUCAAAAGAAAAAGCUCCCGAUUACAUAUGGACAAUUAAUGUAAGCGACCACGAAAAAAGUGCUCAGGUCAUUUGGACAACUGUACCUCAGAGCCCAUGCACCGGUGCCAUCGUCAACUACACUGUGUUCUACAAGACACGAACGCAGCCAGAGAUGAGUGUAACAGUUAAUAGCGGGAUACAGAAAGUGACUUUGGUGUCUCUCCAAUCAGACACUGAGUAUAGUGUCCAUGUCAUGGCUAGCGCUGUCACUGGGAAAACCAACAGCAGUGUCUCCCACUUCAAAACGAAGAGAUACGGCAGGACCUUUGUCAUAACAACCGGCUUCAUCUGUGGUGUCAGCUUCCUCGUUGUCCUAGUAACUGGACUGUACUGUGUCAUUCAGUGGAAGAGGAUCCUGAGGAAGAUGGUUCCUAACCCGGGUCUUAGUUCUUUGGCUUUCUGGUCGUCCCAGGAAUACCAGACGCCAUAUAACAACCCACUGGAAACUGAGACCAUCUGUGAAAACAUUUACCCCUGUGAGGUGGACACCAAAACGGACAACGCGUCAGGGCCGACCCACCCAGAGGAUGAGGACACACUGGACGGAGAAGAGACAGGCAGCCGCCAGAUGGACCGAAGAAGCUCUGGCUUUGGGAGCAGCAGCUCCUGUGACAGCCAGUCUGUAGAGGAGAGCAUUAGACUGAUUCCGGCACCAGCCGAGCUCCCAUCGCGGUCUCAACCAGACAAAGGACUCAAUCCGGUGGAGUCCGUCUCCUCCCAAGACUCACCAUUGGACUCUUUGGACUCACAGCUCCCUGAGCGUUGUCCCAUCAACCCAUACAGGGGGCAGACUCCGGUCGAAAGCCCAGUGCCUCCGGCGGGACACGAGGAGGAGUUAGGCAGGAGCCUGCUAGAGACGAGGUAUCACAGCCACACUGACUCUAGCCCCGCGUAUGUUACUCUGGGCAUGUUACAACACAGGAAGUCCAAUGGGGAAACGUAGGUGGGUGUAAAACACACUCCAGAAUCCAGAGGGCUCUUGUGGUCGUCUUCGCCACGUCUUUACCCAGGUACAAUGGCUCAUUAGCCGUUGGGUUUAAUUGUGCCUGCAUCUGUUGUAUAAAGGUAGCUUGCUAAGCUGGAUAGACAGUUGAAAAGACAGCCGUUGUUGUUGCGACACGGGUUCCUGAGAACAGACGGGAAACGUCUGCCUGACUUACGGGGAAAACGCUGUGUGUGACUGGAAUUAUUUACCACCGUCUGAGACAAUGUCUGUGAUUCCGUCUUUACUAAAAAUACCCAAAACCACACCCUAUUUCAUACACCAAACAGUGAUCAGGUCAAAGGUGUAUCCCUCCAAAAACAAUAGGGUUUAAUGAACCUUUACACCUUAUUAUUAAUGUAUUACAUUCAGGACUUGAUAAUGGUAAGGAAUUCAACAAGGAUUCCUUACCUUCGAUUAAUGCUACAUACACAGCACUUUGACUGUAAAUAUUGUUUCACUUUGGAAUAAAAGGUAAUUACACAUGAAA